AUGUUUCUGCCUUUUGCGUUUUUGGGUCUCUUUUCCCACUCCUCUCCCCAGCCCCACUCCCACCACACCCUGGACUCCCCCAUUACUCCUUUCUUACCCUCCAACACUUAUUAUGGCCUGAUCCAAUCCGGUAACCCUCUGUCUCUGAGGAAGACGCCGCGGCUUAACCAUGAGUUCAUCAUGGAGGGAGUGCUGGGUCGAGAACCUUUCCCUUUACCUCCACUUCCUGCUGCAGCCAUCGACCAAUCAGAGAGCUACUAUGAAGAGGCCCAACCGUAUGAGGAGGCGGUCAAUGAGGACGGCGAGGCGGUGAGCAGCUCCUACGAGUCGUACGACGAGGAGGAAGUGAGCAGAGGGAAGUGCCCGUUGGCGCAGCACCACUGGCCGUCUGUGGAGGCGCCGUUCGAGCUCAUGAAGGAUUCUCGCAUCUGUGCUUUUCUCUGGAGGAAGAAGUGGCUCGGACAGUGGGCCAAGCAGCUCUGUGUGGUCCGGGACCAGCGCCUCAUGGUGAGAGGGGUGCAGAGGAGGACACAGAGGGGUACAGAGGAGGACAGAGAGGGGGACAGAGGAGGACACAGAGGGGUGCAGAGGAGGACACAGAGGGGUGCAGAGGAGGACAGAGGAGGACACAGAGGGGUGCAGAGGAGGACACAGAGGGGUGCAGAGGAGGCCACAGAGGGGUGCAGAGGAGGACACAGAAGGGGACACAGAGGGGGACAGAGGAGGACACAGAGGGGUGCAGAGGAGGACACAGAGGGGUGCAGAGGAGGACACAGAGGAGGACAGAGGAGGACACAGAGGGGUGCAGAGGAGGCCACAGAGGGGUGCAGAGGAGGACACAGAGGGGUGCAGAGGAGGCCACAGAGGGGUGCAGAGGAGGCCACAGAGGGGUGCAGAGGAGGACACAGAGGGGUGCAGAGGAGGCCACAGAGGGGUGCAGAGGAGGACACAGAGGGGUGCAGAGGAGGCCACAGAGGGGUGCAGAGGAGGCCACAGAGGGGUGCAGAGGAGGACACAGAGGGGUGCAGAGGAGGCCACAGAGGAGGACACAGAGAAGGACACAGAGGGGUGCAGAGGAGGAAACAGAGGGGUGCAGAGGGGUGCAGAGGAGGACACAGAGGGGUGCAGAGGAGGACAGAGGAGGACACACAGGGGUGCAGAGGAGGACACAGAGGAGGACACAGAGGAGUGCAGAGGAGGCCACCGAGGGGUGCAGAGGAGGACACAGAGGAGGACACAGAGGAGGACACGGAGGGGUGCAGAGGAGGCCACCGAGGGGUGCAGAGGAGGACACAGAGGGGUGCAGAGGAGGACACAGAGGAGGACACAGAGGAGGACACAGAGGGGUGCAGAGGAGGAAACAGAGGGGUGCAGAGGAGGACACAGAGGGGUGCAGAGGAGGACAGAGGAGGACACAGAGGGGUGCAGAGGAGGACACAGAGGAGGACACAGAGGGGGACAGAGGAGGACACAGAGAGGUGCAGAGGAGGACACAGAGGAGGCCAGAGAGAUGCAGAGGAGGACACAGAGUGGUGCAGAGGAGGACACAGAGUGGUGCAGAGGAGGACACAGAGGGGGACAGAAGAGGACACAGAGGGGUGCAGAGAGAUGCAGAGGAGGACACAGAGGGGGACAGAGGAGGACACAGAGGGGUGCAGAGGAGGACAGAGGAGGACAGAGAGAUGCAGAGGAGGACAGAGGAGGACACAGAGGGGUGCAGAGGAGGACAGAGGAGGACACACAGGGGUGCAGAGGAGGACACAGAGGAGGACACAGAGGGGUGCAGAGGAGGCCACCGAGGGGUGCAGAGGAGGACACAGAGGGGUGCAGAGGAGGACACAGAGGAGGACACAGAGGGGUGCAGAGGAGGAAACAGAGGGGUGCAGAGGGGUGCAGAGGAGGACACAGAGGGGUGCAGAGGAGGACAGAGGAGGACACAGAGGGGUGCAGAGGAGGACACAGAGGAGGACACAGAGGGGGACAGAGGAGGACACAGAGAGGUGCAGAGGAGGACACAGAGGAGGCCAGAGAGAUGCAGAGGAGGACACAGAGUGGUGCAGAGGAGGACACAGAGGAGGACAGAGGAGGACAGAGAGAUGCAGAGGAGGACACAGAGGGGGACAGAAGAGGACACAGAGGGGUGCAGAGAGAUGCAGAGGAGGACACAGAGGGGGACAGAGGAGGACACAGAGGGGUGCAGAGGAGGACAGAGGAGGACAGAGAGAUGCAGAGGAGGACAGAGGAGGACACAGAGGGGUGCAGAGGAGGACAGAGGAGGACAGAGAGAUGCAGAGGAGGACAGAGGAGGACACAGAGGGGUGCAGAGGAGGACAGAGGCCUUUAUUUCCCUCUUGUUAUAAGAGUUCGAAGGAGCAGACGCCGCUGCUGGACGUGAGUCUGAUUGGCUGCUCCGUGAUCCACAAAGAGAAGCAGCUGAAGAGGAAGGAGCACAGGCUGAAGAUCGUCCCUGUGGGAGGAGAGGCCAUCGUCCUGGGCCUGCAGAGCAAGGAGCAGACGGAGCAGUGGCUCAAGGUGAUUCAGGAGAUUAGUCCAAAACCUUCUGAAAACUGUGACUCACUUCCAUCUGACUCGCCCCGACUCCUCUGCACUAAGGGGGAGCUCGGGGACAGACACUCAGUCGCAUCAGAGAGCGGCAGCAGCACCGACAGUCACACGGACACAUGUGACAACAGAGAUGUGAAAAAGAAGUUCCAGUUCAGUAACCUCAUGAACAUCGGAAAAAAGAAGCCACUCUCUUUGGAAAGUCCAGAGAAGAGCCUGGACACGUCAGGUUACCUGAACGUCCUGGUGAACAGUCAGUGGAGGACCUGCUGGUGUCUAAUCAAGAACGGGCAGCUGUGGUUUUAUCAAGAGAAGAACAAGUCAAAGAUCAGCCAACCGUCCGUCAGCCUGGAGGGGUGCAGCGUGUGCCCCGACCCCAGCCCCGAGCACCUGUACUCCUUCAGGAUCCUCCUGGACGGGACGCAGCCGACCACGUUAGAGGCUAAGACCUCUGCAGACAUGGGUCACUGGCUGGGCCUCCUGUUGUCUGAGAGCGGGACCAAGACCAGCCCCGAGGACCUGACGUACGACUACGUGAACGCUGAGAGGGUCUCGACUAUUGUCAACGCCGCCAAGACCUCGCUCUACCUGAUGCAGAGGAGGUACUCGGAGCCAAACGCAUACAUCGAGGCCCCGCCCUCUUUUUCCCCAAGCACCGAGGACCUGUACGACGACGUGGCCUCGCUGGACCCUGAGGACGCUGAGGAAACUGAAUCUGUGAAUAACGAGAUUAAAGCAGAAGCGAGUCCGAGCGAGGACGACGCAGAUGGACCUAAAGUCCCGGACGCUGCAGAGGACUCAGGAAACAGAGUGUAUCUGGACCUUAUCCCUGUGCGCUCCUUCUUACACACCAGCGGAAAAAACUCUCCGGCCAAAGACCCAGGACCCACCGAGGACCCAGGACCCACCGAGGACCCAGGAGACCACAGAGAGGUCCGGACCCCCUCCCCUUCUGAGGCACACAGCCCAGAGGAGACCGCCCCGGCCCAGCCUCAGGACAAGCCUCUGAAGUCAUGGUCCCAGAACCAGGAGGGUCCGAAGAGGAGCAGCGUGGGACACAUCAGUAAAAGCUUCCUGAGUCCAGCUGGGCCAGGCCAGACCGGACCAGGCCAGACCGGACCAGGACAUCACAGCCCCCAGACCCCGAGAGCCAAACACAUGAACGGGGGAGAGAGGACAAAGGCGUUUACUCUGGGUUCCCCGGGCGCAGUGGAGGGUAAACUGGGAAAAAACCGCACAGAAGCAGAUUUAAGGAAGUACCGGGACGAGCGAGAGCGACUGGAGAGAGAGAGGGAGGAGGUGAGGAGCAGCCUGUCCCAUCUGAGGAAGGAGAGGAGCGAGGUCCGGGAGGAGCUCACCGCCUGCCACGACCCCAAACUUCAGGCUGCCGUAGAAUCGCGUCUCAAGCUGCGGGACGAGGCCUGUCGGGAGGCGGAGCGGCGGAGGGUGGAGGUGGAGCUGCAGCUGGUGGAGGUCAAGGAGAACCUGAAGAAGGCAGAGUCCGGGCCCUUCACUCUGGGGACCACGCUGGACCUCCAGGAGCCGUGUAAAGCUUCCACCCUUCCUCCGUGUGUCCAUCUGCCUUCAUCAUCAUCAUCAUCAUCACCUUCGCCCUGCUCAACGCCCAAAGCCUCCUCCACCCCAACCCCCACCUCCUGCACCACCCCCACGUCCUGCCCCGCAAGCGGAGAUGCAGGCUCUCCGGUCAACUCCGCCUCCGCACUGAAGAACAGACCCGCCUCAAUAAUGGCCACGAAAGGAAAGGUUUUACAGAAAGCGAAGGAAUGGGAGAAAAUGUCCGGGACUUAG